CAAAGUCACAUACUGCAUCAUGCGUUACAGAGUCAAUUAUAUGUCAACUCAAGGUAUUCAUUAUUCCCCCUUCCUCCCCUGGAUCAUCAACAUAUUUAAGCCAAACAUAAUGCUCAUUUGUCUCUUUUCUUUCUUGCCUUACUUUAUUCUCUUUAUCAUGAAGUCCAUGCUUGUAUUAUUUUUAUUUCUAGCAGUGGUCUAUUCAGAUCAAAUUAUCAUGUAUAGUCCACCUAUCAACAGUACUUGGUUUGUGAAUGAUAUCAUGGAUAUUCGAUAUAGAGGUAAACUAGGAAUACAAGUCAAAUUGAUUGACAAGCUAGUACGCGCUAUGGGCAUGAUCAAGAUCUGGACUACUGUCACUCAGUUGGUUCAUGUGGAUACAAACACAACGAUAGAUUCAUUUCCAAAUCUUCAAUGGUCUAUGGACACACCAAAAGAUGUGAAUCAGACAGUACAUGCUACAUGGAGUAUUCCUUCACUCGCUAUGGGUAACUAUACUAUGCAUAUCAUUGCAAAUGCUACUGCUCUCUGUUCAAAAAAUAAGGAUGGAACAAUGCCAUUUGUUCGCUGUCCUUAUAUACUGCAUGAAUUUAGAGACUUCAGGAUACUUGUCUAAAUAGGCUGUGACACAUACAGGCUCAUAGGAUUGACGUAUAUAUACCUUUAUUACAUCACACAUGUUAUGUACUUCUUUACUAUCAUAAAGCGAUAAAAACAACAACAACAACAACAACAACAAAAAGAUUGGAAUGUGAAUAAACAGUCCUGUAUAUAAGGA